AUUGAAAAAAGAAUUUCUGUACGGAUGUGAAGGCCAGUAUCUCUGAUUAUUCGUGUUUUUAAGGAGGAUUAACUAUCUAAACAUACAAAAUGCCAUUAUUUGGCAAAAAUAAAGACUCGGGUGGAAAGUAUGAAAGUGAUAUAAGGAAAAGAUUUGACUUCAAAAGUGAUGUUUUGGGAACAGGGGCCUUCUCGGAAGUUAUUUUAGCAGAGGACCGUCAACAGAGAGGCAGAUAUGUAGCUAUAAAAUGUAUAGAUAGGAAAGCUCUUAAAGGCAAAGAAGAUUCACUAGAAAAUGAAAUAGAUGUCCUUAGAAGAUUGAAACAUCCAAAUAUAGUCCAACUGGUAGAAGUAUAUGAUGAUAAACAUUAUGUCUACUUAGUCAUGGAAUUAGUAACAGGAGGUGAAUUAUUUGACAGAAUUGUAGAAAAAGGUAGCUAUACAGAAAUGGAUGCCAGCUCACUAAUCAAACAAGUUUUAGAGGCAGUUGACUAUAUGCACGACAAGGGUGUGGUACAUAGGGACUUAAAGCCAGAGAAUUUAAUGUUACGGACCGUGGAUGAUGACUCUUCCGUCAUGAUAUGCGACUUCGGCUUGUCAAAAACUGAGGAAUCUGGCAUUAUGAAAACUGCUUGUGGUACCCCUGGAUACGUAGCUCCAGAGGUGUUGGAACAGAAACCCUAUGGCAAAGAGGUGGACAUAUGGUCUAUAGGAGUAAUAUCAUACAUAUUGCUUUGUGGCUAUCCACCCUUCUACGAUGAAAAUGAUGGAGAACUCUUCAAACAAAUCUUACGUGCAGAAUAUGAGUUUGAUUCCCCAUUCUGGGAUGAAAUAUCAGAGUCAGCCAAAGAUUUUAUUCGCCACAUGAUGUGCAAGAAUCCAAAGCAUAGAUUCACAUGUAAAAGUGCACUGAAGCACCCUUGGAUCCAGGGAGACACUGCACUCAACAAGAACAUCCAUGCCUCUGUCAGUACACAGAUAAAGAAAAGUUUCGCUAGGAAUAAAUGGAGGCAAGCUUACAAUGCAACUGCAGUCAUACGACAGAUGCGAAAACUGACUUUAGUAAAAAAAUCUGAGCCAGCUAAUGGUGCUACUUCAAGUAGCCUAACUAACUCAACGUCAUCACCUGUUCAAUAGGGGGACUAUUGUAGUCAUGGCUUCUAAAGGGUUAAUGCUGGCUUUCAAUCCCAGGCAAAGGGUUAACAACUUAAAGGAUAUAUGCCUGAGAACUGGCCUCAGACAAGAAAGAGUUAAUGAACUGAGAUGUGUAUAUUAUGCCACAGGAAUGAAAGGGUUAAAAGACUGAUAUUUGCAUUUUGAAUUGUAAUGUUACGUUUGAGGCUAGUUUGCUUAGAAUGAUCUUUACAAGCAUUCAAUAAGAUGAAAAGCAAUUUUUUUAAUUUUAAUUAUUACAUAUUUCUUGGGCUGAAAUUUGUGAAAGGGAAAUGUACCAUGUAAUAUUUUGUUUUCACAAGUCUUAAAACAAGGAACAACAGUGAAUACAGUAUGUAAUAAAAUAAUUAAUAGGUAUAGCACUAUACCUGCCUUAUGAGCGCUAAUAUUCAAUGAAGAACAAUAAUUGCUAAAAUAUUGCCUUUAUUUCUACGCACAAUUAAAGUUUCAGUCACAGGGUUUUAUGAGGGCUACUUCCAAUCUGUGUUCACUAGUCCAGCAUUGAAAGGUACCAUGACAGGUGAUUAAGAGUUCAAAGAUUUUUUCAGUUUAAAGUUAAAGUCCU